AUGUGCCUAACUGGAAGUGUGACCAAGAAGCCUUCUCUUUCAAGUCUCACAACUGUGUUUCUGAGGUUUCUCCUGUCCUUCAUUGGUGUGCUCACUGUCGUUCUCAACCUGCUUGUUAUCAUCUCAGUGUCUCACUUCAGGAAGCUCCACAAAACCACCAACUUCCUGCUCCUGUCCCUGGCCAUCUCAGACUUCAUGGUAGGCCUUGUGUUCCUACCAGGGGAAACUCUCAGAGUAACUGCCUGCUGGUUUCUUGGUGAUCACUUGUGUUUGUUGUAUACAUACCUUUCGUCCCUUACUGUCACUUCUUCAAUUGGAAAUGUGGUGAUGAUAUCAGCUGAUCGCUUUGUGGCUAUCUGUGACCCUCUGCAUUACCACACCAGAGUCACUGUGAAAAGAGUCCAGGCCUGCAUCUGUUUGUGUUGGCUCUACUCAAUUUUGUACAACGUUACUUUUGUGAAAGACGGUCUAAAGGACAUAAAUAACUCUUGCAAUGGGAAUUGUGUAUUGAUCAUCGACUAUUUUGCAGGGUUUCUUGAUCUAGUUUUAAAUUUUUUGGUUCCAGUUACAAUGAUUGUAGUUCUGUACAUGAGAGUAUUUUGUAAAGCUGUUCUUCAUGCCCGUGCUAUCCGCUCUCAUGUUACAGCUGUUACUGUCAAGCAUUCUGUGACGCCAUCAGCCAAAAAGUCUGAAUUAAAAGCAGCGAGGACUCUUGGGGUUCUUGUGGUUGUCUUUCUAACUUGUUUCUGCCCUUUUUACUGUGCUGCGCUUUCAAGCGAUGGCUUCUUUGAUGUAUCAGCCAUUGCCUUCUGUUUUUUCAGCAUUAGCUCCUGCCUGAACCCUUUGAUAUAUGCCUUAUUUUAUCCGUGGUUUAGGAAAUCUGUAAAACAUAUUCUCACUUUUAAAAUACUACAGUCUGGCUCAUGUGAGGCUAAUGUAACAUAGAAAAGAAGCUGUUUAGAAGUUUUAAUUUUAGUGUGUUAUUCAUAAUAAACCAGACUUACAAAACUAGACUUAUGAUAAUGAUAAUAACCCGCAUUUGUAUAGCACCUUUCAGAGUAAGGAUUCCAAAGCGCUUUACACUACAGUGUAUCAUUCAUCCAUUCACACACACAUUCACACACUGAUGGUGAUGAGCUACGAUGUAGCCACAGCCGCCCUGGGGCGCUCUGACAGAGGCGAGGCUGCCGAGCACAGGCGCCACCGGUCCCUCCGACCACCACCAGCAGGCAAGGUGGAUUAAGUGUCUUGCCCAAGGACACAACAGCACACAGAAAGAAUUUUUUUUCCACAGAAGAGUGAUUCUGUUGAAUUAAAUAAACAAAAAGGUUUUUAAAACCUGAAAUACUGAACAAAGCCACAUUUGUCUCAUUAAGCACAUUAUGAGACACAUUAGUUUAUCCAGAUUUA